AGUAGCUGUAUAAGUUAUAACUUGCUUGCCAAUCCCAUAUUAAUUUUUAAAAGUAGAAAAUCAGUAAUUAACAAAUAUGGGAGUGUGGGAUGUGGUGAUCCUCUGGUGCGUCCUGCAGGCUAAUAUUCAGGCUCUGUGCUCCGAACCUAAUUAUGACUAUGGAGAUGCAUUGGCCAAAUCUAUCUUGUUCUUUGAGGGACAGCGGUCUGGCAAGUUACCCUCCAACCAACGAGUCAAAUGGAGGGGGGACUCUGCACUUUCUGAUGGCAAACCUGAUAAUGUUAAUCUUGUUGGAGGGUACUAUGAUGCUGGUGAUAACGUGAAGUUUGGGUGGCCUAUGUCAUACUCAGUGAGCUUGUUGUGUUGGGCUGCUAUUGAGUACAGACCAGAGAUUGGUUCGGUUAACCAUCUGGGUCAUCUUCACACUGCCAUCCGCUGGGGGACUGACUUCAUUUUAAAAGCUCAUACUUCUCCCACCACUUUCUACACCCAGGUGGGAGAUGCAAAUGUUGAUCAUCAGUGUUGGGAAAGACCUGAAGACAUGGACACGCCGCGAUCGCUCUACAAGAUAACUUCUACUUCACCAGGCAGCGAGCCAGCAGCCGAGGCUGCAGCUUCUCUUGCUGCAGCUUCCUUUGUUUUUAAACCUAUUGAUCCAACCUAUUCAUCCAGGCUAUUGAGAAAGUCACAGUCUUUGUUCGAAUUCGCAGACAAAUACAGAGGAUCUUAUCAAGGUUCUUGCCCUUUCUACUGCUCUUUCUCAGGCUAUCAGGAUGAACUGUUAUGGGCUGCUGCUUGGUUAUACAAGGCAAGUGGAAAUGAUGAGUAUUUGAAGUAUGCGGUGAGCAAUCAAGGUUGGAGUCAUGCAGUAUCUGAGUUUAGUUGGGACAACAAAUUUGCUGGAGCUCAAGCAUUAUGGACAAAGGAGUUUUAUGGGGGCAAGAAGGAUCUGGGUAGAUUCAAGGCAGACAUGGAAUCAUUUAUAUGCGCCUUAAUGCCUGGGAGUAGCUCUCAACAAAUCAGAACAACUCCUGGUGGUCUUCUUUUUACCAGAGAUAGUAGUAAUUUACAAUAUGUCACAACAUCUUCAAUGCUGAUGUUUAUCUUCUCCAGAACAUUAAAUGAAGCUAAUGUGGGUGCAAUCCAAUGCGGCUCCGUUAGUUUCUCUGAGUCUCAAAUCAGAAACUUCGCCAAAUCACAGGUGGACUAUAUACUAGGAAACAACCCGAUGAAGAUGUCAUACAUGGUAGGGUUUGGAAGCAAAUACCCAAAACAAGUACACCACAGGGGCGCCUCCAUUCCAUCAAUACACAGCCACCCAGCCAAGGUUGGGUGCAACGAUGGGUACAACAGCUACUUCUCUUCUCCCCAACCCAACCCUAAUACACAUGUUGGUGCAGUGGUGGGAGGACCUGAUUCAAAUGACCACUACAACGAUGUCAGGUCUGAUUACUCUCAUGCCGAAUCCACCACUUACAUCAAUGCUGCAUUUGUGGCUUCCCUCGCUGCUUUGCUUCCCCACAAUCAACAGGCUUUGACUUUCACUCACCUCAAUUCUACUACUCAGCAUUUCAAUAACACUACUUACUAACAGUAGCCACGAGAUCAAAUGGUGUAUAAUUUGAAGCCUAUACAUAUAUAUAUAUAGGUCAUGAGAAACAUAACUAGUAGUGAAUUUGGUAUGUAGCAGAAUUUCAUGGGUUUUAAUAAAUUAAAAUGUUUAAAGAAAUUUAAUAUAGCAGUGUAAUGUGGCUGAUAAAGUUCAUUACAGGAGUAAUAUAUAGUGUGCCUAAAAUCGAACAUGUAAUAUAUGGAAAGUCCUGUUGCAAAAAAGAAAAAAUGGCUGUCAUUGUCGGUGACGAUUAGUCCGUGACAAGUAGCCAAUAUUUCAUCGAUUAUAUCCAACUUGGUUUAUGAUAUAUACAAUAUAUUUAGUAA